AUGCAGCAAGUCUACACCCACGAAGGACCCUACGAGUCAAUCCCCUCGACCGCAUCGCCAGGCCUCCAGUUCCUCAGACACUUCCUCCCAGCCCUGGACUCCCUCGAUCCAAUUACAAAUCCCGUCUCCCCCUUCAUCCACCCCGACGCCCGUGUCUUCGUGGGCAGCGGGCCCCCCAACAGAGGCACAGACGUAGUCGGCCUCCUAAACGUCCGCCAGCGACAUAUCCAGCACUUUCACCACGAGGUCCACAAGGCGUGGGAUAUCGCACGACCGGAUACGGGGAACGGUCCCCGGACGGUGAUGUUCGAGGCGACGAGCGGCACCGUCUUCCGUAAUGACCCGGAUGAGUUCGAGGUGCGGGUGAGGGAGUUUAACAUCCUCGAGCUGCAGAGGGCAGGCUCUCAGUCCGAUGGCGACGACGAGUGUAAGGGUGGGUUUGUCGCAGUCGAGAUGCGGACGUACAUGGAUGCUCGGCCGGUGCAGGACCAGGCGGCGCGGUUGCAGCGCGAGUCGGCGUAUGGGGAGGCAAAGUCGACGGGGUGA